CCAACGCUGUGACUGAACGACUGUAGAGAGGUAGAGAGGCAAGAGCGGGGAUAACCAACCUGGGGACCGGGGGGUUGCCGCAGUUGCAGCGCUCCGCUCCUGUGUUACAGGGAGAGAGGAAGAGCUGAAAGUCGGAGGAAUCAAUGACCUUUUGAGCAUUCUAGACCUGGAUGUCCCGGCGAAGAUACGACCGGGGGUGAUCUUAUCUGUCUCUGUUACAAUGAACUACUGAAUAGAAUCGUUCUUUUGAUUCCGCUGAUUGGAAUAAGGGCAAGUGGACAGCCGGCAGACAAGGAGGAAGUCGGAUUUACCACGGGCUUUUGAGAGGGCCUAAUUUCAUAAACGCAACUAUUAGGCUAUAUAUUUUUUUGUAUUUCUCUCUCUACAUUAUUAAAAACACAAAGGUAGGCCUACGCACCGGGAACUGAAAUUGGGAUUUAAAGAUGACGGUGCACUAAUCGUUAUAAUCAAAGAGACAGUGUUUGAAUCGGAGUGUUGUGGAUUAUGAAAAUAUUUCCCCACCCUCUCCCGUGCACUGAGACGCCCAAUUUUCGAGCACUUCAAUUUCCCUUUGAAUCCUCUCGAAUAGGCUAGCACCCAGCUAUUUUUGACAGCUGUUAGUGUAACAGGAUAUUUGUAUCUUUCAGUGGAUAAUUUUCCAUUGAUUGACCGUCGUUCUAGACACAAGUGAAACGUUAUCUGGAACUAACUUUUGUAACUGCUACCUUAAUUUGUACUUGUCAAUCCACCACUGAUAGACUGUCACGUGGAUUUAUGCUGUCAGGCAACCUACUACAGCAUUAGAAACAAAAAUCUGUUUUAUUUUUAAGAACCAUUUCUGCUCUCUUGAAAUCAUAGGGAAGUAAUUUACUUUUUUCCCCCCCAAGGAAGUAAUAUUUAUGCACAGCCUACAAGAUGGGGAAAAUGCUCUCGAAGAUCUUUGGCAACAAGGAGAUGAGGAUAUUGAUGCUUGGACUUGAUGCUGCUGGCAAGACCACCAUCCUCUACAAACUGAAGCUGGGCCAGUCUGUCACCACCAUCCCAACAGUCGGCUUCAACGUCGAGACAGUCACCUACAAGAACGUGAAGUUCAACGUGUGGGACGUGGGGGGCCAGGACAAGAUCCGGCCGCUGUGGAGGCACUACUACACUGGCACCCAGGGCCUCAUCUUUGUGGUGGACUGCGCCGACAGGGACCGGAUAGACGAGGCCCGCCAGGAGCUCCACCGGAUCAUCAACGACCGGGAGAUGCGGGAUGCCAUCAUCCUGAUCUUUGCCAAUAAGCAGGACCUGCCCGACGCCAUGAAGCCCCACGAGAUCCAGGAGAAGCUGGGCCUGACCCGGAUCAGAGAUAGGAAUUGGUACGUUCAGCCCUCAUGUGCUUCCACCGGUGAUGGACUAUACGAGGGUCUUACCUGGCUCACCUCAAAUUACAAAUCUUAAUGUUCAUCACUUCUAUGCUCAGCCUGGACUGUUUAGUUGCAAUAACAAGCAAAAAAGCAAAAGAGAAGAAGUGAAAUGAACAACAGAUGGYAAAAAAAUGACAACCUGAGGCAAUGAAUGAAUAACAUGACUUCUCAGAUGAGUAGGCCUCUAUAAAAGAGAAGUUUGAUUAUAAUCCUCCAUUUUUUUCUUUUGAUAAUGGUGAAUGAUGCCCCUAUAACCCAUGUUUUUUAUAAACAAAAUACAUUUA